GAUUUGCAAAGACUUUUUUGCUGAUAUGCUUUCAAGAGACUCUCACGUGUGCAUCCACAUGCGAAUCACGUGCUAAUUCCUAAAUGUUCGAAGCGUAGUAGUUUUGAUCAUUAGAUUUGAAAAUCUCUUGUCAUCUCACACAACUUUACCUUCUUCCUCUCUCCUUUUUCUUUUCUCUUUCACACACUUAACACCAAAAACACACAGAUACCAACUUCCUUUUUUGAACAAAAACCAUUCACUAGGGUUUUCAUUAAUCCCUUUUUCAUAGCCAAACCCCACUAAAAUCUAUCUUCCUUUCUUCUUGCCUAAUAAUUACAACGCUCCCAAUCAUAUAUGCUCUUGUGGGCUCUCUGGAGUGGAAAUUAGAAGUCAUCCUUGUGUGUUCUCUGCCUUUUUCCGAUGCAGUUGUUGUGAUGACUCAUCUCCUUCAACGAAUUUUUUGUGAUGGCGGGGCAUCUUUUUUCGAUAAUCGUACUAAUUCUGUUUGUCCUCUUCGUAACAAAAUCGACCUCGAUCAGUGGGGUAUCGGAUUGGGAUGAUGACGGUGUUUAUGAUAACGACGGGUUUGGAAGACUGUUUCGUCAAGACUACUCGCCGCCCGCGCCGCCGCCACCGCCGCCGCAUCCGCCGUCGGCAUCUUGUGAGGAUGACCUUGGUGGGGUCGGUUCCUUGGAUACUACUUGUAAGGUCGUUUCUAAUUUGAAUUUAAGCCGUAACAUAUAUGUAGCUGGGAAGGGAAAUUUUUAUAUACUUCCCAAUGUGACUGUGAAUUGUUCGGUUCUUCCUGGGUGUGAAAUCGGCAUAAAUGUCACGGGUAACUUUACAUUAGGUGAAAAUGCCCAAAUACUGGUUGGGUCGUUUGAAUUAGACGCUAUGCAUGCGGUUUUUGCGAAUGGGUCUCUUGUUAAUACCACUGCUUUGGGGGGUGAUCCGCCUGAGCAGACUAGUGGUACCCCUCAAGGUGUUGACGGAGCUGGUGGAGGGCAUGGCGGAAGAGGGGCUGCAUGUUUGGUUGAUGAGAAGAAGCUUCCGGAUGAUGUUUGGGGUGGUGAUGCUUAUGCAUGGUCGAGCCUAGCAAAGCCAUUGAACUAUGGAAGCAAAGGUGGGACUACAAGUAAGGAGAUAGAUUAUGGAGGAGGUGGCGGUGGGAAGAUAAUGGUUGUGGUCAAGGGUAAUAUCGAGAUGGAUGGUACUUUAUUGGCUGAAGGUGGAGAUGGUAGUCCUAGAGGUGGAGGUGGUUCCGGUGGCAGCAUCUACAUCAAGGCUUAUAAGAUGACUGGAAAUGGCAAAAUGAGUGCUUGUGGAGGUAGUGGUUUUGGUGGUGGGGGUGGAGGAAGAGUGGCUACUGAUGUGUUUAGCAGGCAUGAAGACCCUAAAAUCAUUGUCCAUGGUGGAAGUAGUAUUGGCUGUCCAACAAAUGCGGGUGCUGCAGGAACUUUUUAUGACGCUGUGCCCCGAAGCCUUAUAGUUGAUAACUUAAACAUGACAACUGACACAGACACACUAUUAAUGGAGUUUCCAUAUCAGCCUCUUUUGACUAGUAUUUUCAUUCGAAAUUUUGCAAAGGCUGCAGUCCCCUUACUUUGGAGUCGUGUUCAGGUGCAAGGGCAAAUAAGUCUUUUGGAUGGAGGCAUCUUGAGCUUUGGGUUGGCACAUUAUGCUUUAUCGGAAUUUGAAGUAUUGGCAGAAGAGCUGCUGAUGAGUAACUCUAUAAUCAAGGUUUAUGGGGCUUUGCGUAUGUCUGUAAAGAUGUUUUUGAUGUGGAAUUCGCAAUUGCUUGUUGAUGGUGAAGGUGAUAGGAAUGUCGGGACUUCUGUUCUUGAGGCUAGCAAUCUUAUUGUUCUCAAGGAAUCUUCUACAAUACAUUCUAAUGCGAAUCUUGAGGUUCGUGGCCAAGGAUUACUAAACUUGUCAGGGCCAGGUGAUUGUAUUGAAGCACAAAGACUGGCUCUUUCACUGUUUUAUGGGGUCAAUGUGGGUCCAGGAGCUGUUCUGCGUGGUCCGUUAGAAAAUGCUACGACUGAUGCUGUGACGCCCAAAUUGAAUUGUGAUUCUCAGCAAUGUCCAGAAGAACUGCUUCGCCCGCCUGAUGACUGCAAUGUCAAUGCUUCACUCUCCUUCACUCUUCAGAUAUGUCGUGUUGAAGAUAUCCUGAUUGAAGGACUUGUAAAAGGGUCCGUCGUGCAUUUUCACCGGGCAAGGACUGUAACUAUUCCGUCUACUGGUACAGUCAGCACAUCUAAGAUGGGUUGCACGGGAGGUGUUGGCAGGGGUCGGAUAUUAGGCAAUGGCAUUGGCAGUGGGGGAGGUUAUGGUGGCACAGGUGGAUAUGCUUAUUAUAAUGGGACCCGCAUUGAAGGUGGUCUUCCAUACGGCGAUGCUGACUUUCCUUGUCAUCUUGGUAGCGGAGGUGGAAAUGAUACUAUUGCUUAUUACCCAACAACAACGCCUACGCCUGGUGGUGGUGUUUUAGUAAUUGGUUCAUUAGAGCAUCCUAUAUCAAGUCUGUGUGUGGAUGGAUCACUUACUGCGGAUGGGGGAAGUUAUGGAGAAAAAAGCGUGAGAAAUGUGUAUGAUGAUAUAUACAAAUCCGGUGGUGGCUCUGGUGGCACAAUUCUUUUGUUCUUAAAUGAUCUGUUUGUUGGUGAAUCCGGUUCUCUUUCAAGUGCUGGAGGUUAUGGUAAUCCAAAUGGGAGUGGUGGUGGGGCCGGUGGGAGAAUCCAUUUCCAUUGGUCACACAUUCCAACCGGAGAUGUAUAUCAACCAAUUGCUACUGUCAAAGGGAAUAUCUCAACUCGGGGAGGGCUGGGUGGAAAUGAUGGUGGUGCUGGACAAAAUGGAACUGUCACUGGAAAAUCGUGUCCAAAAGGGCUUUAUGGGACAUUGUGCGAGGAAUGUCCUGUUGGUACCUACAAAAAUGUUACAGGAUCCGACAGGUCCCUAUGUUUCAAGUGCCCACCCGAUGAACUUCCUCACCGUGCUCUUUAUGUUGCUGUCAGAGGGGGUAUUGCUGAAACACCAUGUCCUUACAGAUGCGUUUCAGACAGAUAUCAUAUGCCAAAUUGUUAUACGGCUCUGGAAGAGCUGAUUUACACAUUUGGGGGGCCAUGGUUGUUCGGUCUACUUCUAUUGGGUCUUCUUAUCCUUUUGGCCCUUGUGCUUAGUGUUGCAAGGAUCAAAUUCGUAGGCUUUGACAAUGACAACUCACCUGGCCCUGCUCCUACACAAAUGGAUCACUCUUUUCCUUUCCUUGAAUCACUCAAUGAGGUUCUGGAAACUAACAGAGUGGAGGAGUCACAAGGACAUGUUUAUCGAAUGUACUUUAUGGGUCUGAAUACUUUUAGCGACCCUUGGCAUCUUCCUCAUACACCUCCAGAGCAAGUCAAAGAUAUUGUGUACGAGGGGGCAUUUAAUAGAUUUGUGGAUGAGAUUAACAGCUUAGCGACUUAUCAGUGGUGGGAGGGAUCAAUGUAUAGCAUUCUUGUUUUUGUUGCUUAUCCUCUUGCAUGGUCAUGGCAACAAUGGAGGCGCAAGAUGAACUUACAAAGACUCAGGGAAUUUGUUAGAUCCGAGUAUGACCAUGCCUGCUUACGUUCUUGUCGCUCACGUGCUCUCUAUGAAGGCCUUAAGGUAGCAGCGACAUCUGAUCUAAUGCUAGCUUAUGUGGACUUUUUCCUUGGUGGCGAUGAAAAGAGAAGCGAUCUCCCUCCUCGCCUUCACCAAAGAUUCCCGUUAUCACUAUUGUUUGGUGGUGAUGGAAGUUACAUGUCGCCUUUCUCACUUCAAAGUGAUAAUAUCAUUACUACCCUCAUGAAUCAGGCGGUUCCUCCUACGACAUGGUAUCGGUUUGUGGCGGGGUUAAAUGCACAGUUACGGUUAGUUAGUCGGGGUCGGGUGAAGGCAAUGUUUGGGUCAGUAGUGACAUGGCUUGAAAAUUAUGCGAAUCCUACUUUGAAGCUGUUGAUGAUCUACCACAACCACAACCCGACUUUAUUUCCUCCAACUUGGAGGAGGAUACCAACACAAGGACAAGGUAACGUUUAUUACUUAUCAACCUUAAUUAAUGCUCAUUGCGUGUAAAGUAAAACGAAUGAAACUGUCAUUCAUUAAGGCACCGUUUGUUAAGAUGUCAA